UAUACUGAUCGUGAGUCAACCUUCUUGUUAGGAGAAGAGUCAACUAAUAAAGCCAGCUGUAGUUUUUCGUUAAUAUGUCAUUUAACAGUAAUAUUAUUUGUUUAUACCUUUAAAAAACAAUGGAUAAUUUAAAAUUUGUACAAAUAUCGCUUAUAUUUGUCGUAUUGAUUUGUAUUGAUGCUGCUUUUGCUUUAAACAGAUGUUAUGCUUGUCGUUCGAGGGGUGAACUGGGUAGUUGUAAAGAUCCAUUCUUAUUUAAUGCAACACAGGCUGAACAAGAAAGGGGUAUAGAACUAAUACCCUGUGCAUCAGGAUGGUGUGGUAAAAUGAUAGAAGCAGAAAACGAUGUAAAAGAAGAAUACGGUGUCGUACAUCAGAGAAAUUGUUUCCAAAGAGGACCUUCUGACAGUGAAGACAGGUGUGCUUACACAAAAUUCAAAUCCAGAAAAGUGUACAUGUGCUUUUGUAAAGGUGAUUUGUGUAAUUCGAGUUCUAAUGUGACUGUUAAUAAAUUUGUUUUUAUUUUCUCUGCAAUUAUUGCUUCUAUGUCCUUUAAAUGUUAUUUCUUAAUUUAAAACAAAU